AUGCAACGAUGAUUCUUUUCUACAAAUCAUAAAGACAUUGGUACUCUAUAUUUUAUUUUUGGAGCAUGAUCUGGAAUAGUAGGAACCUCAUUAAGUUUAAUUAUUCGUGCUGAACUAGGACAACCAGGAACACUUAUUGGUAAUGAUCAAAUUUAUAAUGUUGUUGUUACCGCUCAUGCUUUCGUUAUAAUCUUUUUUAUAGUUAUACCAAUUAUAAUUGGAGGAUUUGGUAAUUGACUAGUCCCCCUUAUAUUAGGAGCCCCUGACAUAGCAUUCCCUCGUAUAAACAAUAUAAGAUUUUGACUCUUACCCCCAUCUCUGACUCUAUUAUUAAUAAGAGGUAUAGUAGAAAGAGGUGUCGGCACAGGUUGAACUGUCUAUCCCCCACUAGCAGCAGCUAUUGCCCAUGCAGGGGCUUCAGUCGAUCUAGGUAUUUUCUCACUUCAUCUUGCAGGUGUCUCUUCUAUUCUUGGUGCAGUUAAUUUUAUAACAACUGUAAUUAAUAUACGAUCUUUUGGUAUAAGAAUAGACCAAAUACCUUUAUUUGUUUGAUCUGUAUUUAUUACUGCAAUUCUCUUACUUUUAUCCUUACCAGUUCUAGCAGGAGCAAUUACUAUACUUCUAACCGAUCGAAACCUUAAUACAUCAUUUUUUGACCCUGCUGGCGGUGGAGACCCUGUUUUGUACCAGCAUUUAUUCUGAUUCUUUGGUCACCCAGAAGUUUAUAUUCUUAUUUUACCAGCAUUUGGUAUAAUCUCCCACAUUGUAAGUCAGGAAUCUGGGAAAAAAGAAUCAUUCGGAACUUUAGGUAUAAUCUAUGCUAUAAUGGCUAUUGGUAUUCUAGGGUUUAUUGUCUGAGCUCAUCAUAUAUUUACAGUCGGAAUGGAUGUUGACACACGAGCCUAUUUUACAUCAGCAACAAUAAUCAUUGCUGUUCCAACAGGAAUCAAAAUUUUUAGAUGACUAAGAACUCUUCAUGGUACACAAAUUAAUUAUAGGCCUUCAAUAUUAUGAGCUUUAGGAUUUAUCUUCUUAUUUACUGUUGGGGGUCUUACAGGAGUUGUUUUAGCUAAUUCAUCAAUUGACAUUAUUCUCCACGAUACAUACUAUGUCGUAGCCCAUUUCCACUAUGUUUUAUCUAUAGGAGCUGUAUUUGGUAUUUUUGCUGGUAUUGCACACUGAUUUCCUCUAUUUACCGGUUUAUCUCUAAAUCCUAAAUGAAUAAAAAUCCACUUUUUUAUUAUAUUCACAGGUGUAAAUAUCACCUUCUUUCCCCAACAUUUUCUAGGACUUAAUGGUAUACCUCGACGCUAUUCUGAUUACCCAGAUGCCUAUACAACAUGAAAUAUUGUUUCUUCUAUAGGUUCUAUAGUAUCUCUUGUUGCUAUAUUAAUCUUUAUAAUUAUUAUUUGAGAAGCUCUAAUCUCUAAUCGACCUAUUUUAUUUACUCCAUUUUUACCCUCCUCAAUUGAAUGAAAUCACUCUUAUCCCCCAGCUGAUCAUUCUUAUAUAGAAAUUCCACUAAUUUCUAAUU